AUGACUUCCCCUUCCGAACUUGAUACCACCGGUUACCGUGAACGGUCCAAUUCGUCUUUUUCCAAAUCUUCGUCCAACAGUAGCAGCCGCCACAGUUCUUUGUCUGAACCCCACGGUCUUGGUUCCCCCUCUGUCCAUGGUUCCAUCGAUGCUGGUCAAGGAAACAAGCCUGCCAAACAGACGCGAUCACGCGGUCGACGGGUGUCGAGCAAUCCCAGUGCGGCCGGCCAGAAAAUGUUCACAUGCAAGCAUGAUGAUUGCGGCAAAGUGUUCAAGCGAUCCGAACAUCUCAAGCGACAUAUCCGAUCCAUUCACACUUUGGAAAAACCUUUUGAAUGUCCCUAUCAAUCGUGUUCCAAGCGAUUCUCGAGAUCCGAUAACUUGAACCAGCACAUCCGUAUUCAUCGUCACACAAGCAAGGACAAAACGAGUCCCACCGCUGCUUCCACCGGUGCGGCCAAUGGUUUGAAUCCUACUUCUGUGACGGCUUCCAAUGGUCAACAUCGAGCCUCGUUCAGUGAUUACAUGUCCACCUACUUGUAG